AUGAAGUUCACUUCGCUUCUUACUGCCGCUUCUCUCGCUCUCGGUGCUUUUGCUAGCUCUCUAGACCCGCCUACCUUUGCUAAGAUCCUCGAGGGGACUCUACAGCUUGACCAAAGCCGUGGAACGAUACAGGGACACGAAGGAAAGCGGUUCCUUGUCGAGUUCAAAGGCGGCAACCUCACCGAUCCCGAAACCGGUGCUGUCGCUGCAAGCUGGGAAAAUAUAGGCGGUCAAUUCGGAGUCACUUUCGAUAACCAGUUCAUCCAUAGCGAUGUUCACCUGGUUUUCAAGUGGACGGAUGAUAAUACCUAUGCUCAUGUAGAGCUAUUUGGAUGUGGUACUAUCGCGGAUGGGUUGUUCACCUAUGCCCGAAUUGACACCAGCUCGCCGACGCGCCAGGACUGGCAGGAUAACUUCUUCAUGUUCCACAUCAAUCCGGCGGGGAAUGAUCCUGUGAAACCUGUUGCUUUCUAUAAGAUGGACAUUGAUUGGACCGGAAGGAUUAAUGCAACUGCUCAAACCUCCGGCUGA